ACGGGACUCUCGAGUGAAAGAAAUACGUGGCUGUAUCUAUCGGCGAGGAAGAGAGCUUUUGAAAAAUUAGUUCGGAAUUUGAGCGUUGAGGGUGCUAUCAGCUUAUUCCAACUCGAUCGAACAUUUUCCUUUUUUUGAACAUGCAUACGCACACAUGGAUACACAACACUUUCAUACAUGUGUUUUACCAUUUUACUGGCUUUACUCCGAAAGUAUAUAAAAAUGGCAUGAAAUUGAUUCGAUCGACAGCCCAUAUUUAAUUCAAAGUUGUCGUAAUUUGUUGAAUUUAACGAUUUAUUCACAUCGUACAAAUUCAGUUUGAAUGCAAGUGCAUAAACGUUAUUUUUUUGUUAGUGUCGCUCUUUGUGUUCAACGACAUUGAGAAGUUUUGUGACAAUAAUUAUUACGAACUCGCAAGUCGAGUUUACUUAUCGUUUCCCUUUUUGACGUUUUUAUCUGUGCGGUAAAUUAAACAUUUUUGAAAAAAUAAACAUCGAAUUGAACACAAAUCUCACGUUUUUUCGUUUUUUUCUCGGAAAUAUCACCUUUAUCCGUUUUCAUUUCGAAAAUUCUCUACUCAAACAACUUUAUAAAUUUUAUUUCUGGUUUUAACGUUAAAAUAGCGGAGGACCAUGUUUUUUUUAAGAAUAACUAACGAAUUGAUGAAAAAAAUCGAUAGAAUAAUUUUUUCAAAAUACCACAACAACAUUUUAUUUCAUGGUUCAUUGACAAAAGAAAUUUAUUGAGAGCUGACAAUCUCUCUACGACAAUGAGGAGUGAGGCGAAGGCUACGAGUAAAAUAAUGAAAUUGUUGUUGCAACGGCUUUAGCAGACGUUUAGCCAUAAUGACGGAAAUGUUUGGAGCACCUCGGGAGGCUGUCAGGGUCAAAGUUAAGAAGUGCGAAACACGACACCAACCGGAGUAUAGAAAAUUCAGCGUCGACCCUCAAAUUACUUCCAUCGAAGUAUUGCAGAGUAUUCUAAUCAAAGCAUUUGAUAUUAAAGGAGACUUCACGGUAUCCUACAGAGCUAUAGACGAUUAUGGCUCUGAUACUUAUUUAUUUCUCCUAUCCGACUGGGACUUGGAUGCUGCUUUUAUAAGCGCUUCCGAGCCAUAUCUUUAUCUUCAGGUAAAUCUGAAGCCGUUCGGUGAAUCAGGAGACUGCGACUGUGAUUGGGAACAAAAUGCUCAAGAUGUCGUUACGAGACAAACGGAAUCUGGGUUUCCGUACAAAACACCAAAAUUACCUGGUCUCAUUAUGAACAAGGUAGAAAGAACCUUAAGCCUGGUGCAGCGAGCAUUAGGAAACUUGGGUGACGAGUCUUCGCGUCAAAACGUUCAGCCGCCGAGGCCACCCUUGACGGAUGCAGAAUUUCGUAGAUUUUUAGAUCCAAUAGGUCAAGUAAUACAUUCGAAAGAGUUAAGAGCGGUAAUAUACUUCGGGGGGAUAGAACCGAGUCUAAGGAAAGUCGUCUGGAAGCAUAUAUUGAACGUUUAUCCCGAGGGAAUGUCAGGACGCGAAAGGAUGGAUUACAUGAAGAAAAAAGCUCAGGAAUAUCAAAAUUUGCGAGAACGGUGGCGUUCACUGAUUCAAAAAGGACACAAUGUCGGCGAUCUCAGUUACGUAACGAGCAUGGUCAGGAAAGAUGUUUUACGCACCGAUCGUCAUCACAAAUUUUACGGCGGCUCCGAUGACAAUCAGAAUACAGCGAGUCUUUUCAACAUUCUCACAACCUACGCUCUCAAUCACCCGAGUGUUAGUUAUUGCCAAGGAAUGAGCGAUUUAGCUUCUCCUUUGCUCGUCACUAUGCGAGACGAAGCUCAAGCUUAUAUUUGUCUGUGCGCUCUCAUGAGACGACUAAAGGAUAAUUUUAUGCUCGACGGGAUCGCUAUGACUACGAAAUUCACUCAUCUCGCCGAAGGUUUGCAACACUACGAUCCAGAUUUUUACGCUUAUCUCAAGUCUCAUCAAGCGGAUGAUCUUUUAUUUUGUUAUCGUUGGUUAUUGCUCGAAAUGAAACGGGAGUUUGCGUUGGAGGAUGCGCUGAGGAUGCUGGAGGUACUGUGGGCCGCGUUGCCAGCUGCACCGCCGAAACUCGAGCUCGUACUUGCCGAAGUACCGUUUCCCCCGCCGUCCCCACCGCCGAGUCCCAAUUUUAAGCACAUUCGAGAAAACGCUUAUACGAAAGUUUGUGCAAUAAGACGUCAGAGCUCGUCGGCCAGUAUAGCUAGUUGUAAAAAAAAAAUUCCGAGCACCGAGGAGCAAGCGCCCUUGGAAAGUACCAGUGAGAAUGGCGAACAACCGAAAAGAUCGGUGUCGCCGUCGCACGAUGGGACUUUGGAGGCAGAACAACCGGAUGAUUUGACAUCAGCGAAAAAUCGAAGAAACGCGUCGACCGCCGGAAGUGGCGAUGACGCAGGAACAAAUAGGGCAAACAAAACAGGAUUGCCGUCAACGAAAGAUCGUUUGAGUGUUGUUUUAAAUGCCCAGCUUUCAAAAAAUGAGGGCGAAACUAGCGAGACUGAGAAAAAAUGUGCGAGGGUUGUUAAAAAUUUGAACGAAUUUUUGAAUUUCACGAGUUUGAAUCGUAGCAAAGUUGGGCCAAGCGAUGAACGAGAGUUGAGGCGAGUUUCGAGCGAAAGUGGUGUUAUCCGUGUGUCACGCGAAGAUGGUUCGGGCUCGCCAGACGAUGCGACAGAAUUUUUUCCAAUGACGACUUCGAUGACGAGGGAAUUGAGACUGGAACUCGAAUCAUUAGAUCGGCAAGUUUUCGGACCGUCUCCGAAUGGAGGCGAGCAUUGCGAUUGUCUCGUUUCCAAAAGGGAAAGCGACAUUAUCGAGACCGAAACGGAAACCGAAGUCGCGAGGUGUAGUCCCGCUGCUGAUGUCUUCGUAUGGGAAAAUCCUUUACACUCGUUGCAACAAACCACCAAUGCCACGACUCCCGACGAACAAGCCGAUCUCGAAUACGAUGGAGAAAUUCUGGAGGAUCAAAAUGGCGUUAAAUCUGUUACGCCAAUUAGGCUUCUCAAAAAAACUGCAAGAUCAGCUUCGGCUUCUGAUAGCGAAAUGACGGAUCCGAGUUGGCGUCAGGCUACUUUGGAGCCGGAAAGUCCAUCGCAACCAAUCCAGGAGCAAUGCGAAGAAGCGACAGAGUUGACAGCGUUAAUUCCAGCUGGUACGAGCGAAGAUCAGCUGGGGAUCGGUUCGUUGCCACCCCCUAAUGAAUUCGGUGGCGGAAAUCCGUUUCUCAUGUUCCUCUGCAUAACUUUAUUGCUUCAGCAUCGUGAUUACGUGAUGCGCAAUCAAAUGGAUUACAACGAAAUGGCAAUGCAUUUUGAUAAAAUGGUCAGACGACACAAUGUCGCGAGAGUCUUGAAUCAGGCUCGACAAUUAUUCGCUGGUUAUUUACGAAGGCAUUCCUCAGCUUCCGGUCGUUCGGACUAUGUUUCGGUAUAAAGAGAGAAAAUUCGAAGAAUAUUAUUUUUGCCUCUUUUCUCGAGGCAUUUGUAAAAUAUUUCCAAUCAUCUAAGCAUUCAAAAAUUUUGCGAAACGGACAGACACGAGUCUUCCUUUUAUCUGUGCAUUUUUUCUUUCCUCCAACAAAUAAUUAUGAUAAAAAAAAAACCACGAAUUAAUUAGGUUUUAGUAUGCGAAUAUUCAAUUUGUAAAGUUACUUUGCUUGUAAUGUUAUGCAGUUGACGAACGGAUGUGCUUCGAAUACGACAAUAAAGCACAUUUCCUUCGAUCGUUAUACCAGUA